CAGAGCUUUGCAGGUAGUUGAUUACAGUGCUAAACGAAAUACAAAGAACUCAGCAGAGUUUUUAACGCUGUUUGUUUUUUUUUACGUUUUGGUGUUGUAAUAGUUUAACCUUUACACCAUAAAGUUGCAAUUUAAACAUUUGCUGUGUUUAGAACUUGAAUAGAAAUGAGCAGUCCUGACGCUGGGUAUGCAAGUGACGAUCAGACCCAGGGAAGGUGUUCGAUGUCACUCAUGAUGCCUGGAAUUGGACACUGUCAGUGGACGGAUCCCUUAAGUCCUCUCGGGGAAGAGAAAAUCAAAAGUGAAGCCUGCUCUGCCAGCUCUGGAAACCAGAACAGAGGCAAGACCGAACCUCGGAUACGGCGACCCAUGAAUGCGUUUAUGGUCUGGGCAAAAGAUGAACGUAAGCGUCUGGCACAACAAAACCCAGAUCUGCACAAUGCAGAACUCAGCAAAAUGCUUGGUAAGUCUUGGAAAGCAUUGCCUGUGACUGAAAAGCGCCCAUUUGUGGAAGAGGCAGAGAGACUCAGAGUGCAGCACAUGCAAGACCACCCCAACUACAAAUACAGACCACGGAGGAGAAAGCAGGUGAAAAGAAUCAAGAGACUGGAAUCUGGCUUUCUGGUGCACAGAGUGACUGAACAGCAGGCUUCAGCUCUAGGGAACGAUGACAGGGUCUGUGUAGACAACCUUAAUGUUGCUUACCAUGAGCACCAUUUCCCAGUCCAGAGUCAUUUCUCUCAACUUAGCCAUUACCGGGAAUCGCAAAGCAUGGGGGGGCAUUUAGACUCUUACAGUUUACCCACCCCUGAUACAUCGCCUCUGGAUGUAGUGGCGAACGAUUCUGUAUUUUUCCCAUCGCAGGCCCAAGAAGAUUACCACAUGAUGCCUUACAGUUACCACCACCAACCUGCAGAGUAUCUCUCUCAGGAACACCAUUCCAAUCCUGUGCUACGCAGGCCUCUUCCCCCUACAGAGCACAUGGGUCAAGUCAGCUCUUUACAGGGUUUAAUGGGAUGUCAUGGCUCUCUGGCAAUGUAUUACAGUCAGCUGUGUGCACCCACCAACCCGAAACUUCAACAGAGAUCCGAUUCUGGACAGCUCUCGCCUCCACCUGAAUCCCAUCAGGUGGACAAUGUGGAACACAUGCACCAGUCAGAUCUUUUGGGAGACGUGGAUCGCAAUGAAUUUGAGCAGUACCUGAACUCUGCAGCUCGCUCAGAUAUGACAGGGCUUUCUUAUAAUGGACAUGAAGCAAAUAUGCCCCCGACUGACAAUAGUCAAAUUUCUUCAGUUCUCUCCGAUGCAAGUACGACUGUAUAUUACUGUAAUUACAACAGUGCAUAAAAGGUAUUGAGGGGUACAGGAUUUAUUAUAAAUUGUCACCCACUAUAUUUGAGGACAUUUAUGUAUUGCUCCAUCUAGUUGGUAGCAGUAACCACAAUUUGGUAUUUACAUGUAAUUUAUUUAUGGGCCCAAACCACAAGCUGAAAUGGUAUAGUGUGGAAUUACAGAAAUGUGUGGGUACUAUAUAAAAAUGUGCAUUAUUGAAUUAUGUGGUCUUGUAUAGAAGAAGAAAAAAUGAGUGUCUGGAACGCAAGUCCUUUAUUAAAUCGCCAGCAUUUCUGAAAUAAAAUGUUCAAGGGAAAAGCAAUACCUCUUCAAUAUCGUUUUUAGUUUAACUUGCAUAUGCAUUUUUUUUUUUUUCCGUGUAACACUUUUUUAAGAUUACUUUUUGUAAAUAUUCUUGU